GGAAUUCUUUGAUUAUAAAAAAAAUAUCAAAAAUCUAAUAAAAGCGCGGAACAUAUCAAAUGAAAAUGACAAUUCGAUUUAAUUAGAAUUAAUAUAGUAUGAAGCAAAUGAAAAAGCGUCUAAUUUAAUUAUGAUUACCUUAAUAUCUUUAACAGCUUUGAUAACUUGCCAAAUAGAAUAGAUUGUUAUUUAUUCUCAAUUCAUCACACAUUUAAAUAGAAAUUUUACAGAAAAAAAAAGAAAAUAAAUAAAUAAACACAAAACAAUUUAAUAAAAAUAAAAAAAUAUACCAAAUAAGAGAAUGAUAAAACAUUUAAUAUUUACGUUCUUAAUCCUUUCUAGCAUAUACUGUGAUUGCAGUACUUAUACUACAACUUCUUCAUGCGAUUCUGAUAAAAACUGCACUUGGAAACCUGAUACUACAAAAGAUAAAUGUAUUAGUGCUGCAGAUAAUUGUUCUGGUAAAUCUAAAACUGACUGCAAAGGUACUUGCAGUUAUACAGAUGAAGUCCAUGGAGGAUGUGGUCCCCAGGCUCAUUAUUGUGGAACAAUAGGUGAUACAUUUUGUAAAACAUCAACUAUUUGCACAUUUACUCCGGGAAGUGAAAUUUGUUAAAAUAAAAGAAGCGGCUAUGGAUGUGGCUCAUUACCAAACGAAACUGCUUGUACAAGUGCAACCUAUUGCUCAGCUUUAGGCACUUGCACAACACCUGCUAGUAGGACAUGUGAUCCUACAACUCCAACUACUUGCUAAUCAAAUGGUGCUUGCGAUUAUAAAGAAAUAUCAAGAGAAGGAUGCUAUACUAGUGAUAAUUAUUGCUCAGAUUCUGCUUGUGAUGCAAAUGAUCCCUUUUGCAUAAAAAAAGUUAAAGAUUCAGGGUGUUCACAAAAAACUUUAUCCACUUCAUGCAGAUCAUAUAACGAUACAGGAAGUUGCACUGCUGACUAAAACUGCUAUUGGGAUACUACCUAUAAUGAUUGUUAUUAAAAAGAGUGUGAUGGUUUUAAAAAUUAACCUGACUGUGAUGGAAAAACUUAUUGUGGGUGGUGGGAAGAUUUCGAUUGUAAACCAGACUAAACUAAAUGUAGUGUUAAGUUGAAUAAAGCUGAUUGUGAUGCUGUUCCAUAGACACCACCAGGGGGUGGAAUGUUUUCUCCCUGUGUUUGGUAAGAUGUAAAAUUUACAUGUGAUGCUAAAGAUUUUUCGUUGUGCCCAACUCACAAAGAUAAACUUACUUGUACUUAGGGAGGAUGUGAUUUUGCUUAUACAGGAUGUAUUGAUGGCGAUGCUGGGUGUGGAUCAAAGAGUUUAUCUGAUUGCACAACAACUUACUCUGCUACUUGUGAAAAAGGAAAUUUACCAGGCACUUGCACUGAUAAGGUAGGAGCCUGUAGCGGAAUUUCAGAUUCAGCUACAUGUGGUAGCAGUAACUGUCAAUGGUAAAGUGGUACUCCAGCUUCAUGCACUAACACUGUAACUUGUUCAGCAUUAGCUGAAUCAGGCUGUAAAGCAGAUACAACUAAUUGCUCUUGGGUAACUGGUGGAACUUGUAUUUCUAAAACAUUUGAUGAUGUAAAAAAUGAAGCAUUAAGCUAGACAUUACUAUAAAUUACUUUGUUAUUUGUUAUUGCCUUUUUAAUGAUAUGACAUUUACAAUAUAAUUAUCUUUUAUAAUAUUUUUCUGUAAAUAUUAUUUUAAUAUUUUAAUAAAUUCUUAUAAGGUAUUAGAUAUAUAUCUAUUUGAGUGUGUAUGUAUUUGUACCUAUUUAUUAAAAGAGGC